AUGUCAUCAAGCAACAGAAACUACGAUUUCUUGAUUAAGCUCCUGCUGAUCGGAGACUCGGGCGUGGGCAAGUCGUGCUGCUUGCUGCGCUUCAGCGAAGACUCGUUCACCCCUUCCUUCAUCACGACCAUCGGCAUCGACUUCAAGAUCCGGACGAUCGAGCUUGAUGGCAAGCGGGUGAAGCUGCAGAUCUGGGAUACGGCCGGGCAAGAACGGUUCCGCACCAUCACAACCGCAUAUUACCGGGGUGCCAUGGGCAUCUUGUUGGUCUACGAUGUCACUGACGAGAGGUCGUUCAACAACAUCCGGACGUGGUUCGCCAACGUAGAGCAGCACGCAACAGAGGGCGUCAACAAGAUUCUGAUUGGCAACAAGUGCGACUGGGAAGAGAAGCGGGUCGUCUCCACAGAGCGCGGCCAGCAGCUGGCCGACGAGCUGAACAUUCCUUUCCUCGAGGUGUCGGCCAAGACAAACACCAACAUCGACAAGGCCUUCUACAGCCUCGCCGCCGACAUCAAGAAGCGCAUCAUCGACACGUCCAAGCCCGACCAGGCGGGCGCCGGCCCGGCCGUGAAUGUCGGUGAGCAGAGCGGGGCGGGAGGCGGUGGGAAGUGCUGCUAA